CUCGGAAUACGGUAGGCCAUUCUACAUAAAUUGUUCACAAUUAAAAGAUUUUUUAAACCUGUCCUUGCAAUUGUUAGGCAACUAAUUUUCAUAUUCGGUAUUCUCAAAUUGUUUGAUAUAAAACAUCACCAUUUCAGAAAAAUUAUCUCAAAUAUUUAUGCCGGGCAUUGAACUGUGCCCGGGGGGUGAUUUACUGUAUGCGUAUCAUAACAUGCGUCUCAUUAGUAAAUUAUCACUUAUUACGUAUUAUUAUUACGUACAGAUAAUGACGUAAUUGCUCCCCCGUGCUUUUUGGUCACGUGGUUUUGAAAAAAAUGAAAAUGCCCUUCUCUCUGGUUUGCUCGCUCAGGUACAGACGAAAAUGCAUGCAUUUUCGUGUGUGAACCGUAAACUCUGAUAUACAGAGGGGUUGAGCGUGCAAGCACGAAGAAGAAAAAGGGCAAAAUACGGACGGAUGUGUUCAAGAACCACUGAUAUACCUGUUGCGCACUUACUCUGUUUUGAUAGCUGUGGAGUUAACGAAUGAGUGUUUGGCACUUGGAACGUCAGAAGGCUAAAAGUAAACAUGUAUUAAUGCGAUGAAAUUUUGUGUCCAAUGUGUUAAGAAAAAUCAGUGUCAAAUUACAUUGCUGGGGUGAUAAUCGCUGCCACAGAGGCUCGGGUCCGCAGAGACAAUGCUGUUGUGUUGUCGACUAGAGUGUUUGCAAGUACAGAGGUGACGAUCAACAAUGAAUACUUCACUGAACUGCUGAAUACUCUUAACUAUCAAGUACUAUUAUUCAGGUUAACCAUUUAAAUCACUGUUAUCGCUCAAUGAAAAGUUUUAACACAAACGAAAAUCAGAAUGUUGGGAAUCAAAGAUAACAUCUACCGGAUCGGAAAGACUGGAGAGUACGACGCAAUCAAAUUGAAAAACGUCAUGAGGCGCUGCGUCAUUGCAGCAGAGUGUGUGUGCAUUCUGCCAGUACGGCAGAGUGUGUAUUAGAGACCCGCACCACCGCUUAAAUUUUCGUCACGCUGGGAUUUUAGUAAUUUCAUACAGGAAUUCGGACUAUUAUAUACACAGACCAUGCCUCUAUACCAUACACUGAAAGCCAAAGCGUCAGUAAUGAAUCCCAACGGGUUUGCGGUGGCCGUUGGCCGUUGGCCGGGAACUGAUUGUUGCCAGCACGCCAACUUCCGGCAAGAAUGAAGUUAUGGCGAUGGACUGCGUUACCGGCGCCACGCGCACCCUUGUUGAAAACUCUCCCUUUGAUGACUGCAUUUGUGUGGUGGCGGUGGGCAGUGAAAUCUACGGUGCUGGAAAAAUUCCCUCUAACUGGUACAGUUAUGAUAUGAAUUCUGGACAGAUCUGCCGAGCAUCCCAGUUGCCCUUCUAUAGAGAGGAAGGAGCUAUGACUGUUUCACAGGAUUUAUCAGGCCAUACCCAAGUUGAUAUGGAGAGAACUCUAGAGGGCAAGAAAGCGGGCUACUAUUAUUAUAACCGGACAUCAAUGGCGGCCUAUCCGCUGCCUCAUGGUACAAUCUGGUUCACCUCCGUCGGCGCUAUGGAAACGGCAGAAAAUAUUAAGGAUGCAGUGAGUAUGGUGGAAAUGUAUGAUACUCGUACAAAUAAAUGGCAGCAGCAUGCCGUUUGGACGGAUAAAAACCAGUUCCAUCAUCGUUGCGGAACGAUCGUCUUCGAAGGGUAUCUGUACUUCACGGGUGGCUGUUCCGCUACAGAAUACUGGGACGUAAAGCCGCACGCAGUGACCGCCUGCUACCGCGUAUCUCUCUCCGACGCCACCCCGCAACCGCAGCCCAUUGCCCACCUGAACGUUGCUCGUUAUGAUCAUUCCAUCUUUAUCAAAGACGAGCAUAUCUGGGUGUACGGCGGAACGACCCACGUCGACGGCAACAAACAGGAAAGUACAUUGUUCGAAUGUUAUGAUCGAAAUGCCGAUCGUUGGAUGGCUAUGCCAGUCUCUAUGUCGCAAGAUCUGCAGGCGGAACUGAUUAAGGAGAACUAUCAACAGAAAACUUUUUUCCUCCCACUGCGCGCUCCGGUGGUGAGCGAUGGGGGCGUUUGCCAGCGAUUUUAUGAAGGCGACGAAAAAAAGGUUUUUUACCGGACGUCGAGCGAUAAAAUCUAAUGGCCUACUGGGUUGGAUUUGGACGACUGAAUGAUUUUGUAGCGGUAUUAAUUUUACUCACUUCCCUGAUAUUCCUUGAUAUUAACGUUUAAAGGUCGCACGAUAAAGUAACACUAUCUUUGAAGUUGAGAGAAUUUGGUAUAUCUAGCCAAGUGUACGUACGCGUGUUUCUAAGUCUUUUUUAUUGUACGAGUAUGCAUUUUAUCAGUUAUUGGUUUGGAUACGCGAACUUACAGUUUCUUUGUGGUUCAAUAAAGCUUUGCAUAAUG